CAAGCGGGAAUACUCAGUAACAGAGAAGGCUAAGGAGGAAAAGAGUGUGGCUCUCAGUGAAUCUCAAAGGGAUUAAUAAAAUAAAAAAUAUCCUCUCUAACUGGAACAAAGUCGUACAAAGGCUCAGACAGUUUGGACACAGAUUCAUCAAGCAUUUGGAUGACCAUAUUUGGACAAACCGAAAUUGAAGGAGAGAAACAUCUUUCCACAGGUUGAAACUACGACAAGUGGGAUAUCACAACUGAUCCUUGAGAAUCAACCUGAAGCCAGUUUCUAUUGACACAUAAGACAUUUAAGUCAUAAGAUCACAACACAUCAGAGCACAGGGAGAGACAAGGUUGAAGGAAUUAUCAGAGGUGACCUCUACACAUACAGGACACACAGGCCCAACCAUGGAGGAGAGAAGGCGUGUGGGCUACUGUGUUCACAGAGAGGUGCUGGAUGAGGGAAAAGUGGACCAGUUGGCUGAGAAAUCAGAUGUUAGAGUCCCUUUCUCUGAAAAGAUCAGAGAGUCAUUGAGGUGUUCUGGCCCCAAGCUGAAGAGUUGUAUGUUGUCGUCUGUUCCUGUCCUCUCCUGGCUGCCUCGCUACUCCCUCAGAGACAACGCCAUCGGAGACCUGAUCUCAGGCAUCAGUGUGGGCAUCAUGCACCUGCCACAAGGGAUGGCCUAUGCUCUGCUAGCAGCAGUGCCACCAGUGUUUGGUCUCUACUCUUCCUUUUACCCCAUCCUCAUCUACUUCAUCUUUGGGUCGUCCAAACACAUCUCUGUGGGUACAUAUGCAGUGAUGAGUGUGAUGAUUGGGGGAGUGACAGAGCGCUUGGCCCCAGACACUAACUUCAUGAUGUAUGAUAACGCCACCAAUCAGAGUAUGGUGGAUGUUUUGGCUCGAGACACAGAGCGGGUGAAAGUGGCUGCUGCCGUUACUUUCUUGUCCGGCCUCUUCCAGAUGCUCCUGGGCCUGGUUCAGUUUGGCUUUGUGGUGACCUACCUGUCUGAGCCCCUGGUCAGAGGGUACACCACUGGAGCAGCCAUCCACGUCAUCGUCUCUCAGCUCAAGUACACCUUUGGCAUCAGUCCAAAACGCCACAGCGGACCCUUCGCCCUGAUAUUUACGGUGAUAGAGGUGUGCUAUCUGGUGCCAGAAACCAACAUAGGCACUCUAGUGGUGAGCCUGGUGUCCAUCAUUGGCCUCGUCAUGGUCAAGGAGCUCAACACCUACCUGGGCAAAAAGCUGCCAGUACCCAUUCCUGUAGAGCUGCUAGGGAUCAUCAUCGCCACGGUGGUCUCCUGGCAGGUCAACCUGGACGGGAAGUAUGGAGUGGAAGUGGUGGGAGAGAUCCCCUCUGGUCUACAGCCCCCUGUCAUGCCUACAGCCUCUCUAUUUGGGCAGGUGAUAGGUGAUGCCUUUGCUCUGUCUGUGGUUGGCUACGGCAUUGCCAUCUCCCUCGGACGGAUCUUUGCCCUAAAAUAUGGCUACAAAGUUGACAGCAACCAGGAAUUGAUAGCCCUGGGUCUCAGCAACACCAUUGGAGGGGUGUUUCAGUGCUUUGCAAUCAGUUGCUCCAUGUCCCGCACCAUGGUACAGGAAAGCACUGGGGGCAAGACUCAGGUGGCGAGUGCUCUUUCAGCCAUGGUGAUUCUGGUCAUCAUGCUGUGGAUUGGUGCUCUCUUUGAAGAGCUGCCAAAGGCCGUGUUGGCAGCCAUAAUCUAUGUGAACCUGCAAGGGAUGAUGAAGCAGUUCAUGGACAUCCCAACUCUGUGGAAGAGCAAUAAAGUGGAUAUGCUGGUGUGGGUGGCCACUCUGAUCCUGACCGUGCUCUUCAAUCCUGACAUUGGCCUGGCAGCCUCCAUUGCCUUCUCCAUGCUCACGGUCAUCUUCAGGACCCAGCUGCCGAAGUACUCCCUCCUAGGGCAAGUCCCUGAGACCGACAUCUACAGACCAGUGGAGAACUAUAAUCAGGUGAAUGAGAUCCCUGGUGUGGUGAUCUUCCGCUCCUCUGCGACUCUCUACUUUGCCAACGCUGAGAUGUACCAAGAUGCCCUGGCAGAGAAGAGUGGGAUUGACAUCAUCAAGCUCAUCUCCCAAAAGAAGAAAGCAGAGGCCAAGAGACUGAGGAAGGAAAAGAAGGAGGCCAGGAAAGCCAAGAGGGACGCAAAGAAGAAUGCACAGGAAUGGGAAGGCGAGCCAGACAGUUCGGAGAACGAGGUGGAGAAGGGUGUGGCCACAGUGGAGGAAGGGAGUAAACCUGACUCCACCCUUCCUCGUGCCAUCAUCCUGGAACUGAGUCCAGUCAACUUCCUGGAUACUGUGGGCGUCAAGACUCUACGCAAUAUCCAAAGAGACUACGGUGAUAUCGGUGUAGAGGUGGUCCUGUGUGGAUGUCAGACUGGUGUUAUUGAGAACCUGGAGAGUGGAGGGUUCUUCAGUGAGAAAGUUAGCAAAGCAUCUCUCUUCUCCUCAAUCCACGAUGCAGUGCUUCACUGUCAGACAGACAGGGCCAAGAUGAACAAAGAUGACGAGGAAAUGCAAGCGACUCAUUUCUGAAUACUGAGGGUAAUGGAGGCAUCUUUCUGUAUGGGACUUGGGUACUUAUUAAAAAGUUCAGAAUACUUGACAUUCAUAUUAUGUCCACAUAUUACGACACAGAAAGAAAGUAUGAAAGAAAGAAAGUAUCAAAACGAGACACAGAUACAAACACUUCAACGAGACACACAAACCUUGACAACCCCAGAUGAAUGUUAGCCUUGUACUCCAUGCAAUGUGCCAAGGAUGUACAUUGAAACAGAAUAGUAUUAUUCUAUGACCUUCCUAUAAGCAAAUAGAUACACCUUUGGGGAAACUUUUAUAUUGAAAGAUAUUUACAUUUUCUGUGCUAAAUAAACUAUUGUAUAUGUAUUGUUUAAAUUGAUAACAAAUAAAA